AUGGACGCCUCCCCCCCUGGUGUUGUUAAAAUCAACGUUGAUGUAGCCCUUUCGAUGGAAGGUUGGGUGGGAUUGGGAGCCAUUGCUCGAGAUUGUAGGGGCCAAAUCCUGUUUUCGGCAGUUCGAAGAGUCAGGGCUCGCUGGGAGCCUAUUGUAGCAAAGAGCAAAGCAGUCUGGUUCGGGGUGAAGAAAGCAACUGACCAUGGCUUUAGGGAUGUUAUCCUAGAGACUGAUUCCCUGUUGUUAGCCUCGAAGCUGAAAAGGAAGUCUUUCUCCUUGGCGGUAGUUGACAGCAUCCUCGAAGAUAUUAUAUCUGCUAGUUCGAUUCUUUCCUCCAUCUUUUGGUCUCAUGUAAAGCGAGAUGGGAACUAUAUGGCUCAUCAUCUUGCUAGGAUAGUGUCGUAUGGUAGUGAGCAAUUAUGGGAAUAUCUGGUUCCGAACGAGAUUUCCCCGUAUGUUUUGAUGGAUAAUCUUUCAAUUAAUUAA